AUGGAGAAAAACUUCGAGACAAAUAAACCUUUACGUGUUGCGCUUCAUCCUUUAUCAGGUAAUCGAUUUGCAAUUGGAUUCAUUGAUGGCUCUAUCAGAUUCUGCAGCUUUGAUUUAUUGGAAACGAAAAUUGAGAUUUUAGCUUCGAGAAAAUUGAAAAGAGCUGUACGAGAACUUCUCUUCUCCGGUGAUGGCGAACAGUUAUUUGCAGUUUGUGAAAAUCGAGCACUAUGUUUAUAUGAUGUUGAGACGAAUAAAAGGGUACGGUGUAUUCAGAAAAGUCAUGACCAUAAGGUUAACGCUCUGUUUGUUCUAUCAGAUGCAUCAGUGAAAUAUCAAGUUGUGACAGGCGAUGAAUUUGGUGAAAUAAGGUUAUGGGAUUUGCGGGCGAAGGAACCAUUAAUUAGCUGUUUCAACGAACAGGAAGAUGUUAUAAAUGAUUUUGGCAUUGUUGGAAAUGCGUUAUUAGCAGUUAGCUCUGAUGGAACUCUUGGAGCAUACGAUUUCCGGAAGCAAAAAUUGAUGGUUAGAUCGGAACCAAUGCAUAGUGAACUUCUGUGUUUAACUGUCACUCAUAAGUAUUGUUAUAUUGGAAGUGGUGACAGCUACUUGGAGAUUUUCAAGACAAAAGAAUAUGGUAAUCUGUUGGAAAGGAUUAAAACUGAUCAUCCGUUUGGAGUUGACUCUGUGCAGCUUCUUAGACCUGGUGUUUUGUUGACUGGUUCAAAUGAAGAUGAUCAACUAAGGAUAACUCAUCUGAACCCAAAUAAGAAUUUGGAUAGUAUUGGUUUACACAUUGGAGGUGUACAGCAGCUCUCGAUUACCUGUGACCGAGAAUUCGUUAUAAGUAUACCAGUAUUGCAGUCCAGUGAUAUUUCACAGAAGAAAAUGCCAAAAUCAUCGAAUUUUUUCAAUGAUCUCGUUAAUGACAUUUGA